UUGUUCUGUCGUCCUCAAUCCCAAUCGCUGGUUCUCCAUGUUUGUUGGUUGUGAGGGGUAAAAAUCAGUUUUGCUGUUUAUUUUACAAGCUCUUGAAGAAGAAUUAAUGUUACUAAGAUGUGCGUGUAUAGUAUGUUUUAUUUUCGCAUUUUUUUAGACGGUGCAGUGUUUCAUUUUGUGAAUUUGUAGAAAAACUUUGCUGUGGAAUCGACCUACCAUUAGAUAGAGUCGGCUGAGUUAUAAUCCUUAAGUCAUUAGAUAGUAGGUGAGCUAUGAGUGAUGAAUCGGAUAUUCAAAAUAAUACUGGACAAAGACGAAAAAGACCACUAAAUCCAGCAAGUUCUUCAGAAAGCUCCGAUAGUGGUAAUUCAUUAGUGACGUCCAAGCGCUCUAGGAAACAGCUUGUUGUUGACAGUGACAAUGACUCGUCCAACAGUGAAAAUGAAGAAAUCAUUGCUGUUCAGCAAGGAUUUAGGAAUGGAACUCCUAAAAUCCUGAGUGACUAUGAGACCGGAGAAAGCAAUAAUGAACAUGGUGAUUUGUUGACUGACUCCUCUGAGAGCUCUUCAGAUGAGGACAUUGGCUCUAAUACUCAAUCAGCUUCUAGAAAAACUAGCCUGGAAUGUUUGGAGAUCGAGUCCUCGUCCGACUCUGAUGGCCAAUCUGAGAAGUGUCCCAUUUGUCUUGCAAAGUUCAGUGAUCAGGAGAUUGGGACUCCCGAAGCUUGUGACCACUAUUUCUGUGCACCUUGUAUACAGGAAUGGGCCAAGAAUGUAAAUACGUGUCCUGUGGAUCGCCAGCCCUUUACUUUGAUUCUGGUCCGUCAGCAACUAGAAGGCAAAGUUAUCCGUCAGAUUCCAGUCACUGUUCCGACAGAAACUAUAGAGAUUCCAGAAGAUGCUACUUUCUGUGAGGUUUGUGGUCUGAGUGACCGGGAAGACCGCAUGUUGCUGUGUGAUGCAUGUGACCAUGGCUACCACAUGGAGUGUCUCAACCCUCCCCUGGACCAUGUCCCUAUUGAUGAAUGGUAUUGUCCGGAGUGUGCACCUCAGCGUGGAACAAUGCGUAGAUCUACUGGUAUUGAUCAUAGCAUACACACAGAAGAACAGGCAAGUGAGAGAAAUGAGAGCCAGUCUCGUGACAGGCCGAGGCCUCGUAUGGUCCCACGUACACGACACUCUGAAAGAGUUCGGACCACUCUACGCAAUCGCAGGGUCAACAGUCAACUUUUUGGUCAUCAGUUUUUUCUUCAGGCGAUUACAUCCUCUGGAGUGGAGUCAAUGGAAGGGGACGGUAACCCAGUAAGACGCAGGGCCAAGCCAAGAAGAAAUAGAGUUAGGAAAAGGCUGCCUGGAAUUAGAAUCAAGAAAAUAGUUACAGAUGAUGGUGUGAUUGAAGUAAAACUUAAACGUAAAAGGAGGAAAAAGAAACGUAAAAAUCGCACAGUGAGGUCAGCACCUCGCACCGUAAAAGGAAGACUAGCUAACAAACUUGGAAUGUGCAAGCCGCGUAUGACCAACCAGAUGAUACCAGAAACACUGAAUAGACAAGAGUUGGUCAGUGCUCCCAUCAACCAUCAACGACACCAAGCGGGUAUUCCUACACUUGACAUCUUUGGACGCAGGGAUCAACUAGACUAUUUCUCUGGAACUGAUGAAGAAGAUGGAAUAGAAUCAGUGGAUGGUGGUGUUGGAUUAUUAUCAAGAGCCCGAGUAGCAAGGCCCCAUGAUCAUUUCAUCAAUCGUAAGAAAGCUGCAACCAUCUUGUCUUCAAAUUCCAUUAAAAAACCACUCAAACUUGAAACACUUUCAUCACCAUCUAACGGAAAUCUCUUAGAUUCUAUUCUUGAUAGUCAGACACUCUGGCAUUCAAAGAAAAUGGAAAUCAAAAGUAAAUCUGAUGGCAGUCUUCAAGUUAUAUUACCUAAAAAAACAAAAACCGAAAUAUGUAAAGAAACAAAAAUAGAUGUAAGGAAUACUGUUGCACCAGUGGUUGAGACUCCUAUGUUCCCUGGUGGAAGAGGAAACUCGGGAACAUAUAAACCAGACAAUUCAAGUAAAGGAGGAACAGGAAACAGUCAAAGUGCAUCUAGAAGUAGCUCAGAGCAGUCAUUUACAGAGAGCAGCAGCUAUCAGUCAUCUGGCUCAGGUGGAGCAGGUUAUUCAAGAUAUGAAAACAAUGUUGGGCCCGCACCACUUAGAGGUGUAGCUCCAAUCCGGUUCCGUAUGAAUAUUCCUCCUCGAAGACCAAAUAUCCAUUCAUAUCCAACAGACAAUAUCCCUCCACCUCCUCCGUUACGAUUGAGAUUACCGAUAGUAGAAAUGGCCUUUCCAUCAACAAACUCGCCUGAAUCAUCUCCUACUAGGGAAGAAGAAGAAAUAGAUAUUUACAGUGAUAUUGAACAAGAGGCAAAUGUGAAUGAACAUGAAACAGAGGAAAAAUCAUUUGGAGUAUUGGAACCACCUCCAGAACCUCCAUUUUUGAUGACUAUGGAGCCCCCUCCAGAACCUCCAGCUAUUCUAAUGAAUAUAAAUGAUGAUGCUAGCGAUGAUGAGCCCAGUGGGCUUGUAAUCGAUGACCCACCACAAGGUGAUGUGUACGAUCCUUGUGCUGUUAACUCAGAUGAUUCUUCUGCUGAGGAUACACCUCUGUCCAAACCUCCAGAAGUUCCAGUGGCACUAAAAAACUCUGACUUGGUGGCAGACUAUUCUUCAAAUUCCUGUCCAAAUAUGGAAACCCCCUCUUAUAAUCCAGAACUACCAACAUAUUUGAGUACCCCUAUCAUUGGCCCUUUGCCUCGACCUUCAUCGCACAAUUCAUCUGAAGCUGAAGAUAGUGAUGAAGAGUGUCCAAACUUCUCGAUGUAUUCUGCAGCUAGUAUGAACCUUGCUCAUCGGGGAUUGCCUGUACCAGUCUCUAACUUAGAUAUUCCAAUCCCCCCAUCAGUUGAGGAAGACACUAUACAUAAUAAACGUUUUGAUGAUAUUCCUUUACCAGAGGCUGAGUCUUCGAAAUCUGACAUUAAAGAAGACACCUUGAAUAUUCCAAUUCCUCAAGAGACAAAUAAAGAGGUUUUAACUGAAGGCAGUAUAAAACUGACUGACAUUGCCACUAAUCAUAGUGAAGAUUCUAAAGAUUCUUUAAAUGUCCAAGAUGAAACUGCUACAGAAGUUACAAAUGAUAUUCAAACUGAUGAGUUAGAGAAGAAGAGUGUGAAGAGUGAUGACGAUGAAGAGGAUCAAGAUGAAAGUGGAAAUGAAGAAGAUGGAGUGGAAGCUGAUGAUCAAAAUGCUGAUGGUGAGAGUGAAGGUGAUCAUAAUAUGACAGAAGAUUCAGAAAAAGUUCUAAAAUCUAAAGUAGUAAAAACCAAAGGCUCUUCUGAAGCAGGAGAAGAUGAAUGUAGUACUCAGGGUGAUGUUUUAGAUUUAGCUAUUGAAUCUGAAGCUAAUCUGGAAAAUAACAUUCCACAUGAUGAUAGCGAGGAACAUAAUGGAAUAGACUUAGCUAAAAGUCCCAUUGAACUUGAAGAGAAUGGUGAAAAAGUUCUUGACAGUGGAGAUAAAUCUGAUGGUUUGGUUGAUAUAACUGAUGAAGAAAUGAGUGUUUAUGAUGGCCAAGAUAAUGCUAAUGAUUUAGAAAAGCUCAAUGAACAAGUGUUAGAAGAAGUACAACACAGAAAAAGUGGGAGCAAGUCCUUAUACUCAGAUGAUGACAAUAGCUUAGUUGGAGGCGCUACAUCAGCAGUUUCUGCUGGAACAUUGAACAAUUCAGAUAAUAUUCAACCAGCAACACUUCCUGGUUUGGAAGGACUUGAGACUGAGACAAUAUCAGAAUCUGAAGAUGUAAAUUUUGAUGAACUACCAAUGGAUGGAAAUGAACAUCAUGAAAUUCUCAUAAAUGAUGAAGAUUUGAUAUCCUCUAAAAGAAAGAGGAAGAAAAAAUACCGUAAAAUAAGUCAUACUGAAGACGGAAAAGGAAAUGAGCCUUUAGAGUUUGAGGAAGGUGAGAUUAUUGAAGAUAAACCAAAACAGGUACCUAAGAAAGACAAAAAAUUUAAACUUACUCCAGAUAACGAAGUUAAAACUGAUGAAAAUGUUGACACCAUUAAAUCAAAGACAACUGUAGUGGAAAAGGAACCAGUUGAGAAAAAAACAAAGAAGAAGAAAGAGAAAAGUUCUACAACUAAAGAUAAAAAUGAGAAAUCUAAAGAACCAAAAGAAAAGACACUAAAACCUGGAGAGGCAGAUGAAAAUAUAUCGUGGAAAAAACUCUCAAAAAGCAAUAAAGAAAGAAAUUAUAGGGAUGGUAAAGAAAAAGAUGAAAAAGAGAAGGAUCGAGAGAACAAGGAUGAAGGAUUAUCUAAAAAAGAAAAACGUAGUAAGGAAAAGCGCAAAGAGCUGGAACGUUAUAAUGUUAGACGACUCAUUAGUGAAAAACCAAAACGUCCUAAGAAAGAUGAAUUUGGUCGAGAUAUAUCACCAUCAAAAUCAGGCUCUUCUUUGUCGCCCUAUAGGCCACCUAGAUAUAGGUCACCUUUAAGAACAAGGAAUCGAAGUCGUACAAGAAGCAGGUCAUGGAAAUCAAGAAGCAGGUCAAGGGGGAGAAGGAGACAAAGUAGAUCUCGAGAUAGAAUACGUUCACGUGAUAGAUCAAGAAGAUCACGCUCUAGAGAAAGGUCAAGAAAAAGGAGUAGAUCGAGAAAUAAAGCCACUAACAGAUCUCGUGAAAGGAGAAAAACUCCAGAUAAGUUUGAUAAGAAUGACAAACCUAGAACUACUCAUAGGAGUUUGAGCAGGACUAGAAGAAAAUCUCAAUCACGAUCACCACACUCAAGGAAGCAUCGGUCUGUAUCAUAUAGUAAAUCAUGGACCCCUUCAUGGACAAAGUCUUCUGUAUCGCGAUCAUUAUCUAGAGGUAGAAGAAAGUCCAGAACAAUUUCACGCACAAAGUCUAGAUCCUGGACUAGAGAACAGAAUGUCACUUCAAUAAGAAGCGCACGGAAAAAGGAUCCGCCAAAAAAUUUAACUGUGAUUGUUACUAAUAAAGAUGCAUUAAAGAAAAAAGAAAAGAAAAAACCCUCUAAGAAAAAGGAUGAUCGUCGGAAGAAAAAACGAGGCCAGUCUCCCGCACCAUCAAAAGAAGUUUUCACUUCAGGUGAUAAUAUUCUUGUGAGUGUAAAUUUCAAGAAUGCCAAUAAAAAUCCAGAACUUAUCCCUGCAUCUACCCCGCUAUUAAGAGAAAGUUCAAAACGUAAACGUGAUGAUACUGAUAAUUCUGCUAAAAAGAAAAAACCCAAUAGUUCCAAAAAAUCACCUGGAGUGAGUAAAAGUAAUCGUUUAGCAAAAAUAAAUGAAGUUACUCGAAAUGCUAAACCAGUGGCUAUUAUAGAUUUGGAUUUAUCUCCUUUCAGAGAACAAACUCCUUCACCCAAAGAAGUUAUAGUUUUAAGUGAUAGCGGUGAUGAAGGUGAUAAACAACAUUCUGAAGCUCAAGGUGAAAUAAAUAGACUAGGUCAUAGUGGAAUCACUCAAAGUAUGUUGUCACUUUCAUCAAUUGACCAUGGUCAGAAAAACUCAAUAUCUCAACCUGAAUCACCUCUUUCAGCCAGUUUUCUACUGAAUAGUUCAGGUCCAAAAACUCCACCAGAACCACAUAUAAAGUUUUCCAUAUCAACCAAACCAUCUCAAAUAAGAAUUUUAUCUAAUCCUUUAAUAGAAACUGAAGAAGAAAUGCAAGACGAAAACAUUGAAAAUGACGAUGAUGAAAUUCUUCAUAAAGGUCCAAAUACACCACCUGAACCUCCUCCAGAUCUGAACACUCCUGCCUCUCCUCCAACAACUCCAUAUGAUCCUUUUGAUCCUACAAAGUCUAGGUCACCAAGUCCACAACCACGAAGUAGUGAAACUGGACAACAACUUAACACGUCACGAGAAGACAAAUUAGACAACUUGCAAAGUGAUGACAAUGAACACUCAAGACUAGUAGAACUGAGAACAUCUACUCCUCCGAAUGAACCAGAAGAUGGCAAAAAGACACCUGAGCCACCUAAAAUACAUUCAACGCCUAAAACAGAUCCAAAUAAUACAGAUACUUCACCAAAGGUAUCUCCACCAACAGGGAUAUCAGAAGCAAACAAAAUUAGUGAAGAUACUUUAAUGAAACCUAUACAAAAAUUGUUAGCAGGUGCAAACAAACUAGAUGUAACAGUACACAAAUCACCUGAAAAGCUUAUAACUGUUGUAAUAAGUCAACAAGUAAAAAACACAAAUCAAACACCAAAACAGACAAGUCAGCCUCUCAAAACAACACCAAACAAACACCUCACUCCUAAAAGCAAUGCAAAACAUCAAUUAUUUAGUAGUUCAUUGUUAAAGCAGGUCCCUAUACUAGGCACUUUACCUUUAUUGCCUGGCCCUCCUGUAUACACACCGUCACUAACUUUAAACAACAGUAAGAUGAGUGGCCGUGUACAGCAAAAUGGGGACCCCUCUGAUGACAUGGAUAUAGAUCCAAGCUCCCCUUACUCUCCUGGAUCUAGCGAAGGUGAUGACCUCUUUGAACCUCCAGUUGCAACUCCUCCACGGAGCUCCUCAAAGCCAGCAUCAAAAACCAAACCUUCAUCUGGAAACAAGUUUGAUUCUCUAUUUGGUUCAUCUCCAGCUAAACCAAGACACGGAAGACAUACAUCAAAGACAACUAAAAAAGGAGUUAAACCAAAAUCAAAAGGUAACAAAAAAGAAGAAGUAAAAGUAAAAUUAGAUGAAGAUCAGCUGAAGAUACUGGAUGAGUUGCCCAGCUCUGCUGUAGAAAUGCAGGUGAAGGAUAAGUUUCUAAAAAAGCUGAAUCGACAAGAAAGGGUAGUUGAAGAAGUGAAACUUGUCUUAAAACCACAUUAUGCAAAGAAACAUAUCAACAAGGAAGAUUACAAAGAAAUUCUAAGGAGAGCAGUUCCGAAGAUCUGCCAUAAUAAAUCUGGAGAAAUAAAUCCAAUAAAGAUUCAGUUUCUGAUUGAAGCAUAUGUUAAAAAAUUCCGCUAUGCGAAAAAGAAAACUUCUGGUGCUGUUUCUGCUCCAGUGCCAAAUAAGCCUAAACCGCAAAAAACAUUGUGGAGUUGAGAAGUGGAUAGUUUUUGAAGAAUUCACUACCUUAUAGGAAGAGAGAGAAUGUACAUAUUUGGAUCGGCACACAAAGGAUGUACAGCUGAGCUACUAUGCAUCUUGUUUUUUUGUAAUUGUUGAUAGACAAACAUAUUAUUCAUAUGUAUGUUAUUUAAAUUGUGAUUGUUUUAAAAAUA